AUGCCCACCCCUAAUUGCUACCGUUCCCAAAUACAAAAAAGCAAUCUGGAAACCCUAAAGCCUAUGUACAAUACAAUAUUGAAAAUCUCAUCUCACUGCCGGUACGCCUUCUCGGAGUCAAGGCUCUCAUGGGCAAGCGAGAGUUUCAAAGAGGGAAGCUCGAUCGUGAAUUCGUAGAAGAAGAUGAUCGAGUUCAAACCCCCAACAAAUCUGUAGUAAAUAUCAGCGACGAUGAUGAAGAAGACGAGGCAAACGAAGAUUUAAGUCUCGAAAUUGUCGAGAAAGCUCUAUUGAUGCGUGCGGCGAAGUUGGUCCCGGACGACCCCGUUUCUUUUUCCUCUAAUGGAGUUGACUCUGUGAGGAACAACACUCCUUCCAGUGGUGUUGCUGGUGUUAAAGUAGUAAACAAUGCCACGGAGGAGAAAAAAAGACUGAUCAAGAAGGUAAAGAAGAAGAAGCUAAAGAAGACGGAAAUCGCACACGACAAUGAUGUUGAGACCAAAGAAGACAUAGAUGUAGUGGUAACUGAGGUUACUGAGCCAAAACCAGUUGCGGUUGCAAACAAUGCUGUGCUUCGUAAACUUCUUCGAGGGCCAAGGUAUUUCGAUCCUCCAGAUAAUAGUUGGGGAACAUGCUAUAAUUGUGGUGAAGAAGGACACGCGGCCGUGAAUUGUAAGUCGGCUAGGCGGAAGAAACCAUGUUUUGUUUGUGGGAGUUUUGAGCACAAUGCAAAGCAAUGCAAUAAGGGACAAGAUUGCUUUACCUGCAGAAAGAGUGGGCACCGUGCUAAGGACUGUCCUGAUAAGUAUAAGGGUAGCUCCACGAGAUCAAAUAUAUGUUUAAAGUGUGGAUAUGGUGGACAUGAUAUGUUUUCAUGCUGGAAUGAUUAUGAACAUGAUGAUCUCAAGGAAAUUUGUUGUUAUGUUUGCAAAAAAGUGGGGCAUUUAUGUUGUGUCAAGUAUGCGGAUUCUUGUCAAAACGUAGUUUCUUGUUACAGAUGUGGUCAAGUGGGACAUACCGGCUUGUCCUGCACAGGGAUAUAUGGUGAAACCACAGGAGCUAAUGCUGUGGCUAGCUCGUGCUUUAGGUGUGGGGAAGGUGGUCAUUUCGCACGAGAGUGCACAAACUCUUAUCAGGUGGGUAAAAGGGACCGGGAACCAUCCACCCCAACUUUGAGAGUUCACAGAGAACAGAAACACAAAAAGCAAUUCGCGUCUGCUCCUCAUGACCUUGGCAAGGCUGCUCAUAAAAAGAAAAAAUCUCACCAUCAUGAACCAAGUGUUACUACACCGCAAAAGUCGAAACAUAGAGGUGGAUGGAUAAUGGAUGAUCCUGUGGACUUCUCUUAUGGCAACGGCAGAAAUAAUAGUUGGAGGUCUCCAGCAACACCGGCUGGUAAUUAUCGAGGUAGAUGGAUGACAGAGGAUCUUGGGGACUUCUCCUACGAUAGUAGGAGAAAACAGAGCUGGAGGUCUCCUGCAUCACCGUAUAGCCAGGGUCAUAGAAUUUCUACUAUUACUGCUGGUGGUCAUGUAUCAAAUUCUCAGUCUUCUAAACGAACAAGGAAGGGUUAUGCGAACCCACAUUUCCAAGGAUCCUAUAAUGCAUGGUAGCUUUAGUAGUUUUUUUUUUUUUUUUUUUUUCUUGCUGUUCAAAGCCAAUUGUUGUUACAAAGGCCAUACCAUUGUUCAAUUUUCAUUUUUAUUUUUCUCUAAAGUUAUGUUGGAAAUUUAUUGGAUCACAAAAGUUGCAUUGUAUUUUUCUUGUGUCUUUCAGCCCAGCCCAUUCGCAAGGGUGGUCUCAUUUCAUUCGAAUAUAAAAUGUUAAAAUUAAACACAUUAUUUUUUGGAGGGAAUCCACAUAUAAUAAUACAUUUCGAAAA